UUACAGACGGAUCAGUCUGUGUUGUCUGCAUGCCGUGGAUUAUGAAAUGGCCUUCAUGGUAUCAUAAUCGGUCUGUGUCCUGCAUCCCACCCUUGGCAUAGUAUGCACAGGUCAUCUGAGGUUAAACAUGUUGCCUCUUACUUAAAUACGAGAGGCAGUGAAUGUUUUUGGACAACCUCCAAUUCAGCCUUGUGAAAGUCACUGUCCAGUCCAUACAUGUAUUUUGUUGUGUCGCGCCGCGCAGCUCGCUUUUCAUUGUACUUUGUAAAAAUGAAAAGGCAUGUGAUGCAUCUUUUCUCCAUGUUCUUGAAGUUUCAGCACCAUCUCUCUAUUGUCUCUGUCUACCUCAGAUCCGAGUCAAGCCUGACCACACAGGAGUGGUUACAGACGGCGUCAAGCAUUCGAUGAACCCUUUCUGUGAGAUUGCGGUGGAGGAGGCCGUCAAACUCAAGGAGAAGAAGCUUGUUAAGGAGGUCGUGGCCGUCAGCUGUGGUCCUCAGCAGGUUCAGGAGACGAUCCGGACGGCUCUGGCCAUGGGUGCGGACCGUGGCAUACACGUGGAAGUGUCCGGAAAGGACUACGAGACGCUUGGUCCCCUGCAGGUCUCCAAGAUUUUGGCUGCUCUCGCUAAGAAAGAGCAAGCCGAUCUGAUCAUUCUGGGUAAACAGGCCAUAGAUGAUGACUGCAAUCAAACUGGACAGAUGACAGCAGCGUUGCUGGACUGGCCGCAGGGAACCUUUGCAUCUGAGGUGAGCAUAGAAGCAGACAAGCUGAAGGUGGUGAGAGAAGUUGAUGGUGGUUUGGAGACCAUUAAGAUCAAAUUGCCAGCCGUGGUGACCGCUGAUCUCCGUCUCAACACUCCCAGAUACGCCACACUGCCCAACAUCAUGAAAGCGAAGAAAAAGAAGAUCGAGAAUGUGAAGCCUGCAGAUCUGGGAGUGGAUGUGAGCUCACGGCUGGAGGUGCUGAAGGUGGAUGAACCUCCUCAGAGACAAGCUGGAGUCAAAGUGGAGACGGUCAAUGAUCUGGUGGGAAAACUGAAAGAGGCUGGAAGAAUCUAGAGGAAGCAGAUGCAGGAGGGGCAGUGCAGACUAACACUGGAGGUCUUUCAUCACUGGUGAUGGAGCAAACUUUGAGGCCAGUAAAGUGGUUCGGCCCCGUCACAAAUCCAGACCGGACCCAUGUAGAUCAU